GAAACACACCCGGAACCCCUCCAGGCGUCCGUCGCCGCGCGCGCUCCGGUUCCGGCUAGUGCCCGCGCGCGCAGAAAAAAGCCUCCGCCGCACCAACUGGGGCGCGCCGCGCUCCAACGAAGGGCGGACCGAGGCGGCGGCGCGCUCGACGCGCGCUGCCCCGCCCCCCCCCCCCCCCCCCCCCACGUCCCGGCGGCUUGCAGACGCCUGGGUGCCACGGUUUCCUCGCUUUUGCAGCGUUAACGCAGAAGUUUGGGGAAGUAGGAUUGCCGCUUACCCCAGCUGGAGGAACUAGAAAGAGGGUGGCUGGGAGACGCUGUGGAGCAGGGAGGAUGGCCGGGAGAGGAAGGGGGCUGGUUUCUGGGCGGUGCCAAGUCUGAAACGGGGCGCGGUCACCGCCGAGCCUUCCCGCGGAGGCUGAGGAGGCCACGUCUCGCUACCCCAGGGUGAAGAGGCAGCCCCGGGUUUGUCAUCCUCAGGACCUCCAGACAUGUCUGAGGGGAAGAGCCGGAAGAGGUCGGCGCCCAAGGGAGCCCCAGCGGAGCCUGGGAAGCGAAGCGAGGACGGGAAGAGCCUCGAGGGUCGGGGCGGUGGAGGCGGGGGCUGGGCGGAUCCCCGGACCGGCUUGAGCCUUCUGUCGCUGGGGACGUGCCUGGGCCUGGCCUGGUUUGUAUUUCAGCAGUCGGAGAAGUUUGCAAAGGUGGAAAACCAGUACCAGUUACUGAAAAUGGAAACCAACGAAUUCCAAGGGCUUCAAAGUAAAAUCAGUUUAAUUUCAGAAAAGCUUGCAACUACUGAAAGUAUCCUGCAGGAAGCUACAUCAUCCAUGUCUUUGGUGACCCAGUUUGAGCAGGAAGUAUCCAGCCUCCAAAGUAUCAUGCAUGACAUUCAGAAUAGUGAAGAGAUGCUCACUCAAAAGAUGCAAAGCCUUAAUGAGAAAUUCCAGAACGUCACAGAUUUCUGGAAGAGAAGCCUAGAAGAAAUGAAUGUUAAUACAGACAUUUUCAAAUCAGAAUCAAAACAUAUACAUUCUCAAGUUACUGUCCAAAUUAACUCAGCUGAACAAGAAAUAAAAUUGCUCACUGAAAGGCUAAAAGAUUUGGAAGAUAGCACACUAAGAAAUAUUAGAACUAUAAAAAGACAAGAAGAAGAGGAUCUUCUGCGAGUAGAGGAGCAGCUUGGCUCCGACACAGAAGCACUUGAAAAGUUAGAGGAGGAACAGCAUGCUCUCUUUGCCAGAGAUGAAGACCUGACUAAUAAACUUUCCAGCUACGAACCCAAAGCUGAAGAAUGCAAGACACAUUUGCCAACAAUUGAAAAUGCUAUUCGCUCUGUUCUCAGAGUCUCUCAGGAUCUGAUAGGGACAGAAAAGAAAAUGGAAGACUUGACUCUUCAGAUGUUUAAUAUGGAAGAUGAUAUGCUGAAAGCAGUAUCUGAAAUAAUGGAGAUGCAGAAAACCCUUGAAGGAAUUCAGUAUGAUAAUAGCAUAUUAAAGAUGCAGAAUGAACUGGAUGUUCUAAAAGGAAAAGUUCAUGAUUUUAUAGUAUAUUCAAGUACAAGAGAAAAGGGGACUCCAGAAGAAUAUAAUCUAGAAAAUAAAGGAAUUGAUAGUGAUUUUUGAAUGAACUACAUUUAUCCUGGUGAACCACAUUAUUAUACAUAACCUGAUUAGUUCCAUGCUUUUGAGUUAUUUUGAUAUGCCUCACUUUACCCUACAUUAUUGGAAAAUAAGUGAGGUGUCCACACAGAUGUGUUAUCCAGAGAGUCAAAGCUUAUCUUUUUAAGCAAUAAAACUUAUUUCAUUUUCACCAUUUUAAAUAGAAACAUUUCUAAAAUAUAUAUUUCUCUACUUUCUUGAAGCAAUAUACUUAAUAUUUUUAAAUGUUUUUCUAAUAAUUAAUGGACAUUAUUGUGAAUUUCAUCUGUCAUAUUGGACCCAAAUAUAUUAAUGUCCCUAGGAGCUAUUGAGGGGUGUUUACCUCCUCACUCAACCCCAGUUUGCUAUUUUUCAAACCUUCUAUUUCUUAUACCUUUUCUGUCACCUGAAAAAGUGACCCACUGACCUGAUCUUACUGUCAGGUUGAUCAGUAAUGUUUUCACCUCAGCCAGUAUUUCAUUUCCUUCGCAAUUUACUGCAGGCUAAGAAUCCAGACAACCAAGUUUAUAGGAAUUUUGUCUAAAAUAAAAGAUAACAUGCCUGAGGGAGAGCCUGGAAUGCUUUGCUAUGAAUUAAUAUGCACUUUUUGAAAACUAUGGAGACUGGGAAACAUUUUUACUUUUUGUUAAAGCUCUAAACUGUUAUAGAUACUUGUAAGAAAUUUUUUUAAAGAGUAAAUGUGUUCUUUUUGAAAGUUUUCCCUAUGAAUUAAGUGUGCAUCCUGUGAAGUAUGGACUUUGGGAAUAUCUUUGUAUACCUGGGCGUUUUUUGUUUUGUUUUUUUUUAAGGUUCUAACUGUGUUACAGACUCUUGUGUUUGCUAGGUACAUGAUCUCUAGAUAAAUUUUCUACUUGCAAUAAAAAUACACUAAUAAGCCUGUGGCCUAUUUUAAAGAAGAAAAAGCAGCAUAAUGAGAUAUGAUGUGAUAAUUAUGGUAACUAAAAUAUGUCAUUAUUUUAGAGUCCCCAAACUAAUUACCCAACCAAAUUUGUUUUACAUAGUGAUUUUAUUUUACACAAAAUUAUAUAAUACAGUCAGAAAGAAUAAGACAUGGACAUAUUGAGAUGAAAUUAAGGGGAGGUCUAGACAGAUUUUUGCAAUAAUGAUAAUCGGAAAUGUGCAAGUUUGGGGAAGCACAUAACACUUUUAUUGGUAAACUGAUGUAUCAAGGGUGUCCAAGGUUGGUGUUGAAAAAACUGAGUUAACUGCCUUUGAAAGUGCUGUUCUAACAACAUGUUUCUUCUUGCCAAUAACCAACUAUAGUCCCAGUUUUAUAAUGCAAUUUCAGUGGAAUUAAACACAAAGAACUUGAAAGAAGUCAGUUACAAAAGAUAGUUGUGGUCAGGUGGUUUUAUCAUGUAAAUCUGUACAUUUUUUGAAAAAUCCCAAAUAAGUUCUACUUUGGGGUUAGGAAGGCCUAUGGUAGACAGCCGUGGGUCAUAGGCAUAGCAUUAAUUCCUAGAAUAUUAACAUUAAAUUUCUUGACUUCUGAAUAUCUAAGUUCUUGUCUGUGUAUACUAACAAAAUUGUAUUUGUUUGCUUUUAUUUGCAUGCUAAUAAAAUAGAUUAUAAAGUUAA